UCAUUGCUUUUCUUGCCUUUGCCAUUCGAUGAUGGCUACUCGAUGAAAAUUUUCUGACAUUUCAAAAUUUGGAUAGUUAAAAAAUUGAAGGAAAUACAGUUGUUUUUUAACAGUGAUUAGUGCUUGAAGUGUUAAAAUGGCUCAAUUAUUUUUAAAAAGAAUUAAGAUUUCUCCAUAUUGCCAUAAGUCAAUCAUUCAAGGUCUCUGUGUGUGUUUUUUUUGUUCUCAAUGCAAUGGCAGCGAAUGAUGUGUUAUCCGCCAUCGACUGUUGUGCUCAGUGAAGAAGAAAUGGUUACACAACACCGUCUCCAUCUCCAUGGAAUUUGAGGCUGCUUUGGCAUCCGGAUGAAAAAAAAGUCCGCUGCAACCAUGAAGAGAAUCAAGUGAUUGUGUGAUCGGGUGAAACCAGUCAACCAAGCAAAACUAAGAUAUAUAGAGGAAAAAAUAUAUAGGAAGGUAAAAAAACCUCGAAAAGCAGUGAGUCAUUUCGAAUAUUGAUUUUGAAGGCAGAAUAGUGUGAUAUCUUUCCGAAAGUGUUAGUGCAUAGUAGUCGAAAAUUUCUGUCGCGUAAUUUCGUCCUGAAAUAUUGAGAAGAAACAAACAGUGAGUGUCAACAAGAAGAAAGAAAGAGAAGCUGCAGUCUAGCUGCUAGCCUCCAGGCGCUAGCCAAAUACGUCUUGAGCUGGAGAAACGCUCAUCUUUUGCUUGUGCAAGUGUUCAAGAGUUUGUGUGGAAAAAGGAAAAAUACCCUCCCAAGUGCGGUUUGUUGCUCGUGUGGCACGUGGUCGUAAAGUCCGGAAUUUUCGUGGGGAACAUAAUGCAUGCAUCGUUUCUCUGUAUUACCGGAAGCAAAGUGUAACGACCACCAACAGAGCCCCAGCCGGGAAGUUAUCCACCUCCCACACUAAACUUCAGGAAAGAAUCGACCACCCGAAACGGAACCUUUGGAGAACAUGGAAGGCUCGGGCGAUGGUUCACCUCAAUCAUCGAUGUGCAUGGUGAAGGCGGCCGAGCUCUUCCCGAAACCCGUGCUCGAGAAGGAAGAGGAGAAGCUAACCGUACACUUCGCCGAAUUGGCUGGCGAAUCCGUAAAGUAUCUCGGUAAAAAUGAAGACGGUGUCCUGGCACUGUCCAACUACCGAUUGUUCUUGCUGAAAAACUCGACCGGAGCGGAAACGUCCGUUCCUCUAGGUUUAAUUGAGUCCACACAGGUACGCGACCUCUCUCAGCUGAUUAUCAACUGCAAGGACGCUAGUACAGUAAAAUGCACUUUUAAAACAUCGGAACAGUGCUCCGAGUGGCAAAGGCGGAUCACGCUCUCGAUCGGUGUCCCCGAAACACUGGAGUGUUUGUUUGCCUUUCCAUUCCACGCGUGGGCCUCGGAAUCGCCGACACUGAACCAGGAUAACGAAUGGUACGGCCGGUUGCAGCGCGUCGGUAACUACGACGAUGACUUCCGGAAAGAGGUUGAACGGCUACAGUUCGACCUACGGGGUGCCUGGCGGAUUAGCCAUGUCAACGCAGAAUUCAAGCUUUGCCCGUCGUACCCGAGAAUGCUACUCGUGCCAGCCUGCAUAUCUGACGAUACACUGCAAAAUGUUGCCAGUUUUCGAAGUUCCCGCCGGAUUCCGGCCGUCGUUUGGAGGCACGAAAGAACGGGAGCGGUGAUCGCUCGCUGCAGCCAGCCGGAAGUCGGUUGGCUUGGUUGGAGAAACUCCAAAGAUGAGCAACUACUUAAAGCUCUCUCGGAUGCGUGUGCAUUCGAUCGUGGAACGGAGAAUGCGUCACGAACGCGUCACAAUUCGACCGCAUCUAACGAAAGCAGUCCGCCAAGUCCCGAGGGAAGCCACGAGGAAGUGGAAAUGGAUGAACCCAAGAAAAUACUGAUCGUCGAUGCACGAUCGUAUGCGUCAGCCGUCACAAAUCGUGCCCGCGGUGGAGGCUGCGAAUGUGCCGAGUAUUAUCCGAGUGCCGAAAUACAGUUCAUGAACCUGGGAAAUAUUCACGUGAUCCGUAAAAGCUUCCACGCCUUGCGGCAGCUGUGUUCGACCCAGUCUGACAUACCAAACUGGUUAAGUCUACUGGAGCGAACCAUGUGGCUACAGCACGUGGCGGGAUUGCUUACCGCUUCGAUGACCGUGUGUCGCGCCAUCGAAGCCAAGGGGCGUCCCGUGCUGGUGCACUGUUCCGACGGAUGGGAUCGAACGCCACAGAUUGUGGCCACAGCGCAGCUCUGCCUAGAUCCCUACUAUCGUACAAUUGAAGGAUUCCGUGUGCUGGUGGAACGCGAAUGGCUCAGCUUUGGACACAAGUUCGCCGACCGCUGUGGGCAUGGACCGGGAUCCGAUGAAACCAACGAGCGAUGCCCGGUGUUCCUGCAGUGGCUGGACUGUGUGCACCAGAUUCAUCAACAGUUUCCGUGCAGUUUCGAGUUCGAUAUGGGUUACCUGAUCAAAUUGGCCCAGCAUUCCCAUUCGUGCUUGUUCGGUUCGUUUCUGUGCAACACCGUCAAAGAGCGGCAGGAGAACAGCGUACCCGAUCGGACCUUUUCCGUUUGGCCCUUCAUCUCGGGGCCAAUGUACAAGAAUCACCUAUACGUGCCGAAUCGGGAACGUGUUCUGUGGCCUGCGUACAGCGUACGAGACUUGAGACUGUGGACUGAGGUCUAUCUGGGUAGUUGGGGCGGAAAUCAAAGCUGUGCCGAUUAUCCGGCUAAUGGCGAUGGCGUUUCCGGACAGGAACUGAGCGGGUCAAUGACGAAAACACGUUCGUACGGAGAUCUUAUGACUGGAAUAAACGAAGGCGGCUUAACGAGGAGAUCGAGCGAUCCCAACAUGACGGUUGACUCUAGCAUUCUUGCCGGUUCGCUGAACCUAUCUGCGGAGAACUCCAUCGACUCCAACGUGUCGUCCGAUCGGGAAAUCUCACCCGAUCUGAUCGACCACCACACCAGCUCGCUAGCAAUGAUACAACACACUACCCAGAAACUACAAAGUCUAACUCAGGAGCUCAACCAGUCCGACGAGGAGCUGGAGAAUAACAUCAAAAACACAAAACGGGGAGCGAUCGGAGAACAGCUGCAGCAACGUUCGCCGGUCGCCAGCGAAAUUAUUACGUCUAGUCUCUUUAUUAAUGGAAAUAGUGAUAGUUACAACUUUAAGCCAAUUGUUCCUGAACAGCCGACGGCGCCAGCAGUGGUUCCUCAGUCGAGUACUCCACCGCCGGCGCUCCAAAGGCAUCAUCUGAUGGACGAAAUCGACGAGAACACGUCGCGGAUCGUCAAAAUCGAGAGCUACCUGGGCGAUGUGGUCGACGGACGGCCCAACGCCGUUCGGGUUGCGAAGCCCAUUCCCGCUACUGAUGCGAUCGGUGGUUUCGGGUCGACUGAUAUGAUGGAGAGUGUAGACUUGAGCGGAAAAUCCCCUUCGCCGCCGACGGUACCACCGUCGCCCCAGCACUCCGGGGCGAACUUGUGGCACGGUUCAGUCGAAACCAGCACCGACACGCUCGUCCCGCUGGAUCAGUAUCCUUCGCCGAAACGGAUUGCUAUCAACCGGCUCGACGCAGGUACGCUAGAGUCCGACGAUUGCUGCGAGGACACCGAAACUACUAUAGACCUCGAUACUACCCUGAAGGCUGAAAGCACUACACUAGAAGAUGACAUCGCCGAUGGUAUUAUCAAGCAAGAUGAUAGUAUUAGUUUAGAUGUAGCUAAUAGCAACGGUAGACAUGACCAUCACAAAGACUUGAACGUAAGUAAUGGGAGCGAUUUUACGACUAGUACUACUGCUGCCGCUCAGACUGGUGAUAGUAACGGAUGUGAUCUAUUUAGUGAUAGUAAGAAUAGGAAAAACUUCAAUCAUGGUAAAACCAGGAACGAAAAUAAUCAAAAUUCUAUACCAAAAGAGCAUGUUGAUAGUCGAGUAAGAAAUAUACUUCCGGAUGGUCGACCACCCACGCAACCGUUGGUUGCAACGCAGUGUCCCGAAGGCAAGAAACAAAAAUACUCCAAUCUGAUGGACGAGAGUAUCAUCAUGCAACCGCAGUUUCAACAAUUGGAAAUCAACGGAAAGCAUCCAACAGACACUGGGUCGGCUGUAUAUUCUCACCAGCAAUUUAGUUCUUUCCCGUAUCACCAGCAUCACAGUCAAAUAAACCACAGUGCAGUAGCUGGAGGCGUACAGAUCCAACCGCAGCAGCAACAACCGCAACAGCAGCAGCAGCAACAGCAACUUCAGCAACACGUUGCUCUGUCCCAUUAUCAACCGCAAAACCAACGACGGAGACGAAAUUCAUCAAACUCGAAAAACGAUAUGAGCCCCAACAAACCAACCAAUGGAAGUAUAUCCCCAAGUGCCACAAAUUCUCGCUUCUCGACGCCGGGCGCCCGCUCACUGCCACUGACACCGCCGAGCGUGCCGUUUUCGGCCGAGCGUCCACCGGUGGCUGCGCUUUCCUGUCCGGAUGGCCUUGCCCACGCUCUGUCGGAGCAAAACUUGCGACUACAGCAGAUCGUCUACGAGCACAGGCUCCGCGAGGAGGCACUCCAGCGCGAAUUGUACGCGACCCGGCUGGCGCUACUGAAGAGAACCUGCCACAACUGCAACAACCAACAGUACGGUAACGACGAUCCGACAUCCAUGGUCGAUUCCAUAAUCGAGAAUGCCUCCAACUGUUCCUGGGAAGCGGUUGAUGAACGCAGUGCGCCCUCAUCGGGAGCGAACUCUUCCCAGCAGAUUACCAGUAGCGUCCUGUGGGUGCCAGACCAUGCCGUAUCCCGGUGCACCACCUGUCAGAUCGAGUUUUGGCUGGGACGCCGAAAACACCACUGUCGCUCGUGUGGACAAAUUUUCUGCGCCGACUGUUCCGAGUACUGGGCACCGCUCCCGGACGAGAAACUGUUUCAACCGGUUCGACUGUGUGGCCCCUGUUACCAAAACGUCAGCGGAAAAAUUGUUGGCGGCAAUCAGCAGCCGACAAUGAGCGGUAGUAGCGCAACCGUAAGUAACAGCGUCGUAAGCGGUCAGCAUGGUAAUUUUAUGAACGGAAGUGUCCUAGUAGCUACCAAACAGCACAACGGUUCGUCAGCUUCUACACCAGCAGCAGUCAGCCAUGAGGCAAAUAACAACAGUGUGGCCGCGGCCUUAAUGACAUCAAUAAACACGGUCGCCACGAACAGUCUGUCAAGUAACUUAGAGAAUUGCAAGCACGCUGCUGCUUCCGCCACAAUAACAAGCACGUCUUGCAGUGCUAGCGCCAAUAGCAAUUCCGACCGAGGGACAUGUAAAGCUACCACUGCUACUAACUAGAAUGACCGUAUUGUUAUCCCUCGUCCCAUGUAAGUCCUGUUGUUUAAUUUUACUUUCAACUAUUUAUGCAGUAUCUGUUCUAUAGUUUGUUUUUAUUUUUUCCGCUUUUUGUCAUUAGCUAGUUCCCACUUUUAUUUAAAACAAUGUUUUAUCUUUAAUUUUUUUUAACGAGGGCUAUUUGUGAGAAUAUCGAUUGCCGUUUAACACAUUAUGGACGCAAUGAACUAUCAUUCUCAUUUUUCACACAUGCAUAAAGAAAUACAUAUGACAAGGUUAAUUGUACUAUUACAAGUAAUGCUUUUCCGCAAAAAAAGAGGUAUAUAAAAAAUGUUACAAAUGGUAUAAUAUUGAUAUAAACGUCAGCAAAGCUAAAUUACAGUGGACUACAAAAGAAUCGUAUAGAAGCAUACACACUAGAGCAAAACUAUUAGGAGGAAAGCUAUAGCAGCAACAACACACAAUUGUAUACAGGCAAAACAUUAUUAGUGAUAAAUAAAUUCAUUGAGUGAAUAAC